AUGAGCAACAAGAAUUUGAAGAAAUUAAAAAAGACAUCCAGUAUUAUUAUUCCACAAAAGGAAAACAAGGUCAAGGUUCAAUUUACAAAUAAUGAUUGGAGUUUAGAAUUGAAUAAUUACUUGAAAGAAUUGAUGAAACAGUACAUUUCUACUAAUGAAACACAACAAUAUACUGUAUGGAAGAAGAAUAUUAAUGGGAAACCUCAUAAAAGAUCAUUAGAAAUAGAUACAAAUAUAGAAAGUGAAAAUAUUUUAAUUGAUCAUCAAAAACAAAUUUCACUAAAAUCCAUCAAGGAAUUGAAUUUUAAUGAAGAUUCAGAUGUAACACCUGAUUUAAAGGGAUUUUCAAUACUCAUUCAAGGAAUGGACUCUCCAAUUUAUUACCAUUUUGAGAAUGAAUUAACCUAUUAUUCAUUUGUGAUACAAUUUACUUAUUCUAUACUGAAAAGAAGUAAUUUAUUAUAUCCUUCAGAGAAAUUUUGUAAAUUUAAGAUCAUUUCAGAUAAUAUUUUGGAAGAAGAUUCUAAAAAACUGAAUGCCAAUGUUGGAAUUCCAUUUCAUUUCUCAAUGGAAACAUUUGACAUUUUCGGUAAUCCAAUUAAUAGUGAAGAAACAAUAUGGAAUGCAAUACUUUAUAAGAGUAGCGGGUAUUUUACAGAUAUGAAAAAGAAUAGAAAAGUUCAAAAAUGUGAUUUGAUUUCUCAUUCUCAAAAUAUUUCAGUUUUUGCAUGUACAACUAAUGAAAGUGGAAAUUAUUGCUUGGAAUUGAGUUAUAUUCAAUAUAGAACAUGUUGUGAAAUGAAAUUUGACAUGGAAUUUCAUUCAUCAACAGUUUCAUUUAAGAAUAGUUUUGUUUCUUUUGAGAAUGGGAAAUCUCAAAUUGAAAUAGGUGCAGGAGAGAGUUGUAAAAUUACAAUGAACUUGAAAGAUAUGUUUGGAAAUACAACUCUUUUGGGGUUUAAUCCUGAAAAUGUAAUUUUACAAUUCUUUGAAAAGAAUUCCAGAUCAAGAUGGAAAUGGAGUUUGCAAGAAAGUAUUAUUGAAGAAAAUGAAAGAAUUCAAGUGAACUAUUCAAUGGAAGAUCAAUUAAUUAACUUUUUUAUUGAAAGUAUUGUAAUAAGUCAAUUGGAAAUUGAAGUUUUUUACAAAAAUGAAAAAACAGAAAGUUUAAUACCAAUCGGAGUGUUAGAAAGUGAAAAUAUUUCAUCUAUUGAUAAUCGAUUAUUUUGUAAUAUUAUACCAUCUUCAAUUCAUACUAUUGAAAUUAUUAAUUUACCCGAUUUGAAACAUGUAAUUUCAUUGAAUUCAACAAUAAUCAAGAUUAAACCAUUGGAUAUUUAUGGAAAUGAAAUUCAAAAUAUUGAAAAUCUGGAAUUGGAAUUUACAUUUAAAACAGAAAAUGAAGAAUAUCAUAAUUUAAUUAAUGAAAACAAGUUUAAAUUACAAUGUAAGAAAUCAGCGGACGAAUCUCAUUAUUCUUGUGAAUUUAUUCCAGAAUGGUCUGGAAUUUACACUUUAAGAUUAAUUCACAAAUCAAAGAAAUUGAAAGAAUUUUCACAUGAAAUUCAAGUUAUUCCAAGCGAAUGUGAAAUGCCAAGAUUAUCUCUUUUGAAACUAUCCGAAACUCAAAAGAAACUAAAAGAAAAGAAAGACAAAAUCGAAGAAGAAAUUUUAAAUUUCUGUAAAUUUAAAACAUUUCGACAAGUAUUGAACUAUGUCAUUGAGAAAUAUCAUACAAAUAAGGCAGAUCAUGCUUCACUUUUACUUUGCACAACUGCUGAACGACCUGAAAUAUUGAAAGUUUACAAAAAAGUAAUUUUUACAAUUCACACAGAUCAAUCACCACUAUUGAAGAAUGAUUUGUUAACCCAAGAGGAGAGUGAAUUAAUUACAUUUGAAUUGAACACUGUUUUUAAUGCUGUGCAGAAUGCUUAUCAAAAUUGGAAGAAACUUGCUUAA